AUACAUACACGAUAUUGUAUAUGGGGUGAUUGGAGCGAUCUAGGUAAAGAUGAUCAUUAUUUUCUUAAUUGCUCUUUUCGUAUUGAUCAAAAGAAAGUUAUAAUCGCUAAACAGAGCUUACCGGAAAUUCAAGUAAGUAUAGCAAACAAAACCCGCCUUUAUCAGCCAGAGGCCAGCUUACGCCAAUAUGCCACCGAACAUGGGUUGGAUCCCGAGAAUUUUUCGGUCAUUACUGGAGCUGAGAAAAAAAGGUGGGCCAUGGGGUGCUUUCCUGCUGACUUGGAAAGAGAUAUACGCUGUUAUCAAGGUGGAAUAAAGAGGAAUGAAGAUACUAGAAAAUACCAUAAAUUUUUAACAGAUCGGGAUAGGCUAGUCGGUGAAGAGUUAUUACGUUGCAGUAUAGUAAAGAGUGGUUUAAGUACUACAUGGCUUGAUGAGCUUAUGAAAGAAUGGGAAAAAACUUAUAAUCAAUUCGUACAAAUUUUUAACUAG